GUGGCUGCAGCCACCUACCCGUUCUUCCUGUUACCUUGUACCCUUAGCAUGGGCCCUUUUCCACCCAGGUAGAUAGGGCCUACUGGGAGGCCAGCACCUCCCACCUGCUCCCUGUCUCAGCUUCUCCCAGGACUCCCAGGGCAGACCGGGACCCUUGUUGAUGUAGAAGCCGCAAGCAUCCAUGGCGGGCUUGGAGGUUCUCUUCGCGUCGGCCGCGCCGGCCAUGACCUGCCCGCAGGACGCACUCGUCUGCUUCCUACACUGGGAAGUGGUGACAAACGGCUACUAUGGCUUGGGCAUCGGCGACCAGCCAGGUCCCAAUGAUAAGAAGUCAGAACUACUGCCAGCUGACUGGAACAGCAAUAAAGAACUGUAUGCCCUCCGGUAUGAGUCUAAGGAUGGAGCCAAAAAACUCCUUCUGAAAGCUGUCUCUGUGGAGAAUGGCAUGAUCAUCAACGUGCUGGAACAUGGCACACAGCAGGUGGCAGACUUGACUCUGAACUUAGAUGAUUAUAUUGAUGCAGAAGACCUGAGUGAUUUCCACAGGACCUAUAAGAAUAGUGAGGAGCUUCGGUCACGGAUCAGAUCUGGAAUUAUCACACCUAUCCAUGAGCAGUGGGAGAAGGCUCGUUUAAGCAAUCCCCCUCGGGAGUUCCCACCUGCCACUGCCAGAGAGGUGGACCCACUCCGGAUUUCCUCACACCAUCCUCAUAGUAGCCGGCAGCCUACUUGGCGUGAUCCCCUGAGCCCAUUUGCUGUCGGGGGAGAUGACCUAGACCCUUUCGGGUGUCAGAGAGGUGGCAUGAUUGUGGAUCCCCUGAGAUCCGGCUUCCCAAGAGCACUUAUUGACCCAUCCUCAGGCCUCCCAAACCGGCUUCCUCCUGGUGCUGUGCCCCCAGGAGCUCGCUUUGACCCCUUUGGACCCAUUGGGACCAGCCCAUCUGGACCUAAUCCUGACCAUCUCCCCCCACCCGGCUAUGAUGACAUGUACCUGUGAAGGCCUCAAGAAUGUAACAUCUCAGCCUCCCUUUUACUCUCCAGGAGCUACCACCACUGGCCCCGUCAGCGUCCGUGUUCUUGUGGGCUUGGGGCAGAGGAUUCUGCCCAUGUGUUUGCAGGCCUGCUGGGGUUGCAUCCCCAGCCCUUGUCAGAGCCGAGGUGCCUGCUGCAGCACCCCACCAAGCUGCAUAUAGGUCCCAAGAAGAAAUUAGUGUUCAUCAAUCACCACCUCCUCUCCACUUGCAAGGGAGACUCCGGCAACAUCAACCCUUCACCCGAUGCAGUCUCGGUCACAGCGCUAUAAGAACAGAACGCAUUUUGGAUGUUAUUAUUAAGAACCAAAUGUCAAUACAGAAUUCAUGUUGCCGGUCUUCCACUCUCCUUUUUAUGUUAAUGCACAAACUCUUAAGAGUUGAUACUUCAUAGGACUACGAAUUCUUCUCAAGCACUUCCCCCACCCACACCCCCCACACCCGUUUCAAAAGUUACUCUUGCUACCAACAUCACUAGGAUGAGCCCCACCCAGGCUUUCUGGGUGGAAAUGUGACUGGAAUCUAUGAGCCACAAGGAUGAUUUCACCAAAGCAGGCACACUAGAAAAACUGCCAUCUCCUCCCAAGGGCAUACUCAACCAGUUGCUCCUGUCUGAGCAGCCCAUUCACUGUCUCCCGGGGCUGCUGUGGCCUGUAAGUAGAGGGAUAAACAGAACAGACCUGUAGGCUAAUUUCAUUUUUUCCCCACAGUGAUCCUAAAGAAAUCCUUUCUCUUAGGAGCCUAGUAGCUACCCAUGAAACCAGAGGUGCCUUCACUGAAGCUCUGUAAUGAGCUGUGUGGAUAGGAAUAGCUCUAGGUACUAAAGAGAAAAAGAAGGCAAGCUGUGUCUAUAACUGCUCUUCUUGUCCUCCUGGGGCUGACAAGAGCAUAGGAACAACAGCCAGGAGGAAGGGGAGCCUCUCUGGAAGCCUGUGUCCAAGCUCUCCCAAUCUGUACAAUUAUCGAGAUCCUUUGAAGCCCCAGCUGACAGGCACUGGCAGUGCUCUGCCCCUGUGCUAUAGAGCUGGAGAGAGCACACUGGAGUACUGUGCCAGGAGACACCAAAUCAAAGCACUAAGCGCUUCAUUCCACAGCCAGCAGCCAAACCAUGUGUGGCUCCAGGACAGAUGGGGAGAUAGACUGGACUGACUGGACCAGGGCCAGUCUCGGGGAGGCUGGACCUGGGGGUCAAGCUAGCAUGAGCAGGCUCCCUAGCUGUUGAAGGAUCAACAGUGCCCAUGGGUUAGGCACUGACCACCUUGAAGCUCUAGAACAUCCUGUGCUCUGAGGCCACAGACAGACAGAGACAAAGACAAGUUCAUUGUGCAUCAGCUUCAUCCUUGAUGGCUGGCAGAUGGGAUGUUUGGGUUUGUUGGUAAUUGGAUACCUGCAAAAGAGCUUAGGGCACUUUGCUCAUUAAAGCAUCCUUUUUUAUGCAAGGAAGCAUUUAAAAGAACAGUGGCUAGAAUUCUCCAGACAGGUGUGGGAAGGUAAAUAACUUGGACCCUGAUUUAAAGGAAAAGGUAAAAAUUGAAACAUUCUUCUAUUGGGCUUUUAAGUAACAAAGAUAAAAAAGAUAGUCAUACAUUAGUUAUGCUUUCUACAAACAAAAGGCACAGUGUUUCUGGAGAAAGGACUGGUUUGAUUUGGUUUUGUUCCUAUAAGUCUCCUUAUAUAAUAUCUGAGAAACAGUAUCCUAGAUGUGGGAAGCCUUGAAUGGUGCCUCCACGAACUUCUAGUCAAGCUGCUGUAACUUGUCUGGGUCUCUGUCACUUACCUCCUCCCAGCUGUGUAUAGCCAACAGCAAGAGGGAAUGUUUCAGGUGUAUGUUCUAUAGAACCUCCAAAUUGGAACCUGUUUUUUUUUUAAUAGCUUUAAUAAGAGAAUUUACAUAACCAUAAAAUUCGCUCUUUUAAAGUACACAACUCAGUGGGCUGUGGGGUAUUCACAAUGCUGUGCAUUCAACCUCAGAUUCCUCCAAAAGAAAUAUUCCCACUGGUAAUCACUCUCAUUUCCCCUCCCCUAGCCCAGACAACACCCCAAGUCUGUUUGCCCAUUCUGGACAGUUUUCAUAAAUGACAUUACUCAAUGUGUGGCCUUUGUGUCCAGCAUUUUCCACUCUCUGUCCUCACUGUUCUUGUGAUUGUAGCAUUAACAUUCCCUGUGGCUGUACAAUCAUGGCAUGGCUAUGUCAUAUUUGUUAAUUUAUCAGUUUAUGGAUACUUG